GCCUCCGCCAUGUCUACGCCGCCGUUCUACGAGCUGCCUGUCGCGCACACGCCGCAGCAUCCCGUCUCGGCGCUCGUCUUUGCGCCCGCCGGCGGCAGCAGCGCCGCGCCGCGCCUGCUCGUGUCCAGCUGGGACAAGACCGUGCGGCUGUACACGCUCGCCGCCGCCGAGGCGAGCACAGAAGAGGCGCCGCAGCAGGCGCAGCUCGUGCACACCUUCGAGCACGAGGCCGCCGUGCUCGACGUCGUGUGGAUCGACGAGCAGCGCGCCGCCAGUGCGUCGCUGGACCGCUGUGUGCGCCUGCUCGACCUCCAGACUGGCCAGUCGCAGAUCCUUGGCCGGCAUGGCAGCGGCGUGAACCGCGUGCGCUACGAUCCCGUCUCUGAACUGCUGCUCAGCACAUCGUGGGACAGCACACUCUCCAUCUUCUCCCUCUCGCCUCCCUCGCAGCUGCACACGCUCACCCUGCCCGCCAAGCCGCUGGCCAUGGACAUCUCGCCCGGCGCCGGCGCCGCCGACGAGACGCCGCGCGCCGUCGUGGCCAUGACGGGCCGCACGGUGCACAUCUACGAGAUGCGGGCGCUGCGGGCGGCGUGCGACCGGCUGGCCAAGGACGAGAAGGUGGAGGAGAAGAGCUGGGAGCCGAACCAGACGCGGGAGAGCAGCCUGAAGUACAUGGUGCGCGACGUGCGGUGCAUGCCGAAUGGCGAGGGCUACGCAUCAGCGUCCGUCGAGGGCCGCAUCGCCGUCGAGUUCUUCGCGCCGUCGCCCGAGGCACAGGCGCAGAAGUACGCCUUCAAGUGCCACCGGCAGGUCGUCGACGGCAUCGACACGGUGUACCCCGUCAACGCCAUGGCCUUCCACCCGAGACACGGCACAUUCGCCUCGCUCGGCGGCGACGCCAUCGCCUCGAUCUGGGACGCCGCCGCGCGCAAGCGGCGCCUGCAAUACGCGCGCUUCCCCUCGCCGCUCACUGCCGCCGCCGUCUCGGCCGACGGCAGCCUCUUUGCGCUGGCCAGCGGCGGCGAGAACAUUGAGGACGCGCGGCACGAGGGCGCCGACAAGGGCGAGGUGGGCGGCGUGGGCGAGGGCGGCGAGGGCAACGUGCGGAUCCAUGUGGCGCGGGCGGAUGAGGACUUCAAGCCAAAAGCAAAGGCUGCGGCGGCCUGAGAGAGGCAAUGGACAUGCCUACACCCACAGACAGUUCGCCGCGCACACUCCGCACGGCCUCGGCAAGCUGCGAGCAUGGUCCGCAAAAUCCGCAGAGACUCACGCCAGGCAGUGGCACUGCCGCUCACAUCUGCUGGGCAUGCGGCGGAAACACGUAGGUGCGGCGUGAGAAGGGCCGAGAUG